AUGGGAUGCGUCUUGGGCCAACAUGACGAAACAGGGAAGAAAGAGAAAGCAAUAUACUAUCUCAGCAAGAAAUUCACUGAUUGUGAAAUGAAGUACUCGUCCAUUGAAAAGUUGUGUUUAUAUGUAAGUCAGAAGGCUAUAAAAGGAGGUGCAAUAGCUGAUUUUCUAGCCAGCAGAGCCCUAGAAGACUAUGAGCCUUUGAACUUUGAUUUUCCAAAUGAGGACUUAUUGUACGUGGCAAACACUGAGGAAAACCCCCGAAUAGACCACAUCUGGAAGUUAAAUUUUGAUGGAGCUUCAAAUGCUACAGCCAUUGAACGUAAAAUCAAAGUGCUUAAAGUGUAUGGAGAUUCCGCGUUGGUGAUAUACCAACUCAAAAGAGAGUGGGAAACCAGAGACACUAAAUUGAUCAAUUAUAAAGAACUGGUUCUUGAACUGAUUGACGAGUUUGAUGACAUCACCUUCAGCUAUCUCCCACGAGAGGAAAAUCAAAUGGCUGAUGCAUUGGCUACUCUGGCUUCGAUGAUUCAGGUGAACAAGCUUGAAGUAAUGAAGCCUAUUCAGAUGAGUAUCUAUGAAACCCCAGUUCAUUGCUACAAUAUUGAGGGGGAGGGAAAAGAUGAUCACCCUUGGUAUCGGAGUAUCCUACAGUAUGUGAAGAAUCAGGAGUACCCUAGCCAGGCAACAGAGAACGACAAGAGAACUCUGAGAAGAAUAGCCAUCGAAUAUGUCUUAGAUGGGGAAAUCAUCAACUUGCAAAACUCACCAAGUCGGAUCAGCGGGAAGCACACACUAUCAUCAAGACGGUAG